CCUUCUCAGUUAGAGGAAGUAGGAAGUUGAACAAAAUAUGUUGAUAAAUAAGUAACCUAAACGCGUGAGUGUAAUGGAAAUCCGACAUCGACUAAUGCCGAAGUCGAGUAGUCAAGAGUAAUCAUGGUGACACCACACCAACUGCGUCGGUUGGGUUGUUUUGACUGGCUCCAGUGUAUACGGAAGGUAUAUGGGAGUGGACAUAGGUUUUUAAAUCCCAAACAUUUCUUCAGAUGUCGGGUCACCUUCAACUCAAACGUUGUCGGGCACGGCAGAUAUAUUUGCAACCUAUUACAUCAUGACAGUGGGAGUCAAACAGUGAAAUACUUUAAUUUGGUGACUAAACGACUGUGUGCAAACUCAGUGAAUCGCAAGUGUUGGAGCUGUGGUUCGUCAGCCCCUUCAUUUUUUUGCCCAUCUUGCAAACUCGUGCAACCUCCUGAAGAAAGAACCUCUUACUUUGAGAUUAUGGACUGUGAGCAGACAUUUGCUUUGGAUACCCAGCGCCUCCAACGAACAUACUUACAACUUCAACGCUCUCUGCACCCUGACCACUUCAGCCAGAGGACAUCGAAAGAGCAAGAGCAUUCAGCCGAACAGUCAGCAUCGGUAAACAAGGCUUAUAGGACUCUCCAGAAGCCUUUGAGUCGUGGGCUUUAUAUGCUUGAGCUCCAGGGCAUGCACCUGGACGAGGGGACCGACAUCACAGCUGACCCCCAACUUCUCAUGGAAGUCAUGGAGAUCAACGAGUCACUGGCUGAGACCCGGAGUGAGGAUGAGGUCAACUCGAUCGGCCGCUCAAUGAAAGAGAGACUAAAAGACUUGACGGAGCAAAUAGACACGGCACUGAGCAAAGGAGACCUUCAGUCAACUAAAGCACUUCUCGCCGAAAUGAAAUACUUUGCAAACAUCGAAGAGAAAGUGAAAGAAAAGCUUUCUGACCUCGCAGAGAGUGCAUAGGCACCUGAUGAGUAUUUUAUGGUUUCAUAUACAGCAUACCCUGUGAGGAUUCAUAACUUAUAUAUAACUUUAAAGGGCACAUUUUAUAACCAGUUUAUUUAUUUGGGUAAAAAUGUCAAAUCAUAAAUAAAUAAUGUAAUUUCA